AUUCCAUGCUGAUGGAGAAAGAAAGGCUUUGCUCCUGCUGGAGAUGGUUUUGAGAACUCCCCCAUUUAGUGUGAGAAUGUGGCCCUGAGAUGGUGAGCAAGAGCAUAGCCCGGAGCAGACUGCAGCCGUGUAAGCCGAAACCUUCCCAAGACCGGUGUUUCCUGGAGCAACUACUCUACAGAAGGGGCUGCAGGAAGACCCGUCUCAGUGAUCACUUUGUUAAGGAGGACCACAGAAUCACGCUGAAUGCAGGUGUCAGAUGAGAAGAGCAUGAUCAAGGCUCUAAGCAGUAGGGCCAUAGCUGAUUGCAAGAUGGAAGUGUAAUAAGUUAUUAGUCAAGAUGUCUUCAGCACCCGAGCCUCCAACAUUUAAACAGGAACCACCCAAAGAAAAAGACUUUCGAAACCCAGGACUUGGAGGAGUGCGCACAACUACUUUAUUUCGAGCCAUAAAUCCAGAGCUCUUCAUUAAACCUAACAAACCUGUAAUGGCUUUUGGAUUGUUAUCCCUUUCACUUUGUGUGGCUUAUAUUGGUUAUCUACAUGCAACACAGGAGAAUAAAAAGGACCUCUAUGAAGCUAUUGAUAGUGAGGGACACAGUUAUAUUCAGAGGAGAACAUCUAAAUGGGAUUGAACUGCUACUUACUGCAGGUGGAGUUCUCUUAAGAACUUUGAAAUCUUCAAAUGAAAGACUUUGUGAGUGCACAGAAUCAUAUUUCUUCUUCAGUAAUAUGCUAAUGAGAAGAUAGCAGCCACAUCACUAGUAAAUUUUGUCAUUCUACAGUUUUAGCUAUUAAUCUCAUUCUUUUACCACAAAAGAGCUCAAUAUUUCCCAUUUAUUAAAUUGUCUUAUAAAAGUGCCUUUUUAUGAAUUCAUUUUUGUUAAUUAUUAAGUUCCGUAUAAUAAAAUUAC